CACAUACCGACGCACGCCAAAAAUCAAAAUCCUUUAAGAGCAAAAUUCUGCAGGAUGCGCAGGCCGGCUUAAAACUAUCCCAGCCAGAGAUAGCUCAGGAAAGUUCGGUCUAGGCUGAAUGCGGCCCAAUCGGCCGAAAGUAUUACACCGAUCUCCACGCGGUCACGCGACGUUGAUACCCUCAAGAUCAACGCAACCAUGUCGACGAAUGCUGGAACAUCCAAGCUUGCCCGCCCCACUCCAUUCACACCGAAACGCCCAGUGGGAGCCGGCACGUCCAUGGAACGACUCACUCGAGCGACAGUGACUCCUGCUCCCCACCUAUUGGCCUCGACACACAAAAAGUAUAAGGCGCCCAUAUCGAGUGAUGUACGGAGCCGAGCUCACCUGCGAACGAAUUCUUCGAAACCUACGACGUUGGCACCAGUACCUGGAUCUAGACCCAGCUCACCCACAAAGAGCGACAGUGGCCGACCACGAACACCUGGUACACCCAGGCGUGGUACCACUCCUGAUCCGUCGAUGGCAAGGACAAGCGAGAUGGACGUAACCAAUGUCGAUCCUGAGGAAGUUUUGGUCGACUAUCAGAAUGUGGAACCGGCAGACGUGUCACUCGGGGAGAUGGACGAAGCGUGGCUAAAGACGAUGCAGGCUGAUCAUGGUAAAGAAGACAAAGUCAUGGUUUCUGUCAGAGUGAAACCAGACUCUAAAUCUGCAUGGAAGCCUUCAGUAAGUACCAACACUAUUGAACUAGACCCAGCCCAUGCCAGGCAACCGACUUCAUUCACCUUCGAUGCCAUUCUCACUGGCUCAGCAAAUAAACCAAUUUUCACAACCGUCGCUCGCUCACAUGUCGUCGCUGCUAUGGAAGGAUUUAAUGCAGUCAUCUUUGCAUACGGACAAACUGCAUCCGGUAAAACAUACACACUCUCUGGAAGCGAAGUCGAGCCUGGUAUCAUACCUCGCGCUAUGCGCCAAGUGUUCAGCUACAUCCGCCGGACAGAAACACGAGAAUACCUCCUCCGCUGCUCGUACUUGGAGAUAUACAACGAGCAGAUCCACGAUCUCCUUGCCCCGCCAGGCGUACCAAACAAGGUUGAAUUACAGGGAGGCACUGCUAAUGGCGACAUUAUCCUUGCGCCGCUUAGAGAGGAGGUCGUUACCUCUAUCAAGGGUGUCCAGGAUGUCCUUAAGCGAGGCGAAAGCCAUCGUCGGACGGCCUGUACGGAUUGGAAUGAACGUAGUAGCCGAAGUCAUUCGGUUUUCCGACUCGUUAUUGAAAGUCGGGAGCGGGCUGAUGCUUCCACCAGCUCGUCCCCUUCACCGGGCGGUGGCCGCGCAACCCCGAGUGGUCGACAAACUCCUGGUCCUGGUGGCAAUCAUGGCGGUCCGCGAUUGCAAUCGCGAGAUGGUAGGAGUGUACAGACCAGUGUAUUGAGCCUCAUUGAUCUUGCGGGCUCCGAAAAAGCUACGUCUGACAAGGAGCGGACGCGAGAGGGCAAGUAUAUCAAUACGAGUCUUCUUACCCUCGGUACUGUCAUCGGAAAACUCUCAGAUAAUGCCACCAAACAGAAGAAUGACCACAUUCCCUUCCGCGACUCCAAACUCACCAGGCUUCUCCAACCCUCUCUCUCAGGGAAUGCCCGUAUAAGUGUCAUCUGCACAAUUAACCCCGACCCCUCCGCAAUCGCCGAGUCAACCUCAACCCUCCUAUUCGCAAAACGCGUCAAGGGCGUCAAAUUGCAUGCUCAGAAGAAAGAAAUUAUCGACACCGAUGCGCUCAUCGAGAGGUAUAGGAAGGAGAUCGAUGAUUUGAAAAGGAGGUUGGAGGAGAAGGAGAACAUGUUGGAUGACGGGAAAGAAGAAGAGAAGGAAAAGGUAACAAUGAAGAGAAGACGGAUGAGCGCGCAGGAAAAGGCGGAUGAGUCUCAGGCGAUGCAGGAUUUACAAUCGAGGAUUCAACAGCUCACAAGGCUUAUACUUACCAGUCAGACUGUGACAGAUGAGGCUGCUGGAGGUCCUCCAGGCGAAUCUAGGCCUGUGAGUCCUAUCAAGGUGGAUUUCGAUAUGAGCCCGUACCAGCUCCAGCAAGAACUCCUUACAGCCCGACUCCAACUCUCCUCCCAAGAGACGCAAAUCCUCUCCCUCGAAGCCGCCCUAGAAGCGGCACGAGCAGUCGACUCCUCUGUCCCAUCCGACGCUGGUGAUAAAGAUAAAACAAUUCAAGACCAAGCAAAGACAAUCGAGGAGCAGGCCAAGAAAAUCCGUGAAUUAGAAAACGCAAGAUUCACUCGCGAGCCAUCUCCUUCCCGGGUGGACUUGGAUAGAGAACAGAAAGACUGGUCAUCCAGACUUGACGAAGAGAAGAAGAAGCGGGAGGAGAAGGAACGAUGGGCGGAGGAAUUGGUCAGACAACUCGAGAAAGAGAAGUGGAUUCGUACGAAAUUGGAAGAUGAACGACGGGCUCUCGCGGCGUUUGUCUCUAAAUUCGAUUCCUUAGGUAUGGGGUCGACGUUUCCCACGUCGAAUGCGUCGUCACCGAUAUCGUCACCGGUGGGGAGGAGGCGGAGUAGUUUUGCUGCUGGGAGCGUUGUUGGCCUUGGUGGAAUCGGCGCCGGGCGCAGAAGGAGUAGUGCGUUUGGAUUCGGAGGAAGUAGUUCCCUCCGACAACCACUCUUUCCGUCUUCCUCCGAGUCUUCGGGCUUGUCCUCAUUGUCCUCAUCUACUUCAACAUCAACAUUUGUCUCUUCGUCAUCCCAUAGCUCCCUUACCUCCGCAACUUCCGCUACAUCUUUAUCCUCUGUUGCUGCCUCUGCGCCCAAGCCUGGACUUCCCAUGGAAGAAGGAGAUAUAUCGAUCCAAAUCACAGGCGUCGGCAAUUUUGGCGAUCCGAAUCUCUCGUCCUCUGCAUUAAGCCCCCUUCGACUUCCUGAGGGACAUAUAUACGCUGGCGUGCCAAGUUUACUGGAGCAAAUGCCUGAGGAGGCGUGGGUGUUGGGAGACGUCAGCUUUGAUGACGAAUCGAUAUCGAUGGCGGGUACGGAGGAGAAGGUGCCGAGUGUAGCUGGGGGAAUGAAGAGUCAUGUUAAAGGAUCUGGUACAGUGCGGUUUUCCACGAGUGUGGAUAUUAUGGGUGGGAAGGAAAAUGUUGGGCCAUUUUGAGGUGAACAUCAAGCUCGAAGAGGAUGAACAGGAAGAGAUAGUUUCUUCGACACUGACGUACCCGUAAUUCAA